AUGGCAUGGGCAAAUGGACCGUGUGGACCGUGUGGACCACUACAACAUAGCAACAUUUCGCCUGUAGCUACACCAGUACAAGUACAGGGUGUGCCUAAUUAUCUAACCAUUGAUAUAGAUAAAGUAGAAGAAAGUGCGAGUACAGACACGAAUAUGAACUCGAGCAAUAAUGUAGCGUAUAGCACUGCAACAGCAUAUACCGACGGAGAUGCAUCAAUGCCAAUGGAUUUUUCACCCGCUGCCGAAAACACUAGUCCCUUCGUAUAUGCUCAUGCAAGUAGUUGUGGCAUAAAUAAGGAUGAAAAAGCAUCAGAUACUAUUCAUACUAUUAGAAAUGCUGGCAGCCGUUCUACCCAACAACAAAUGCAUCAAGAACAUGUUUCGAUUGAAUCUGUAGAUAUCCAUGUGCAGCCGACCAGCGUGACGUGUACUCAGCAGUCAUCCAUGGCUGGUACUGCGUCCGUUUCUGAUUCUCCUGUUUCUAAUCAUCCAAACCUUGGCAAUGUUUUACGGAUUAACCAAAACUAUCAAGCAGCAGAAAAUUUGGUGGUGCAGCCGUCGGUCAUGAAUCCAAGUGGAAAAUCACUAGAGGAACAUAAGCGCAUUUUGAACAACUCUCCAUCCACUCCAAGAUCAAUCACAGGAUCAAAAAAGCGAUUGGCUGCAUUUCAUCGACAGAUUCAGCAGCAAGAUAUACAGAAUGCAUUGCAUUAUAAAGGAGCUCAUGCACAACCUAUAUCGGCUACUCGUUCAGCAGAAUCUCUAUCAAGUGAAUGUUUAUAUCAAAACUUUAUAUCUGAAAAUCCAAGCGAGCAACUGACUGUAUUGUAUAAAACACUUCAAAGCGAUUUAAAAAACGCCGCACUCAAUACUGAUAUGCUUGGUAUGAUUUUACAAACUUACGGAGUCCCGGUCUCAUUUCGUGGGCGGUUAAUGGAGCGAUGCGUCGAGAUUUUUAAUAUGAUGAAUGCUGAUGGUCAAAAUCACUUGGCUAAUACGGUACCGCAAAUCCAUUGGUGCCACGUUGCUCGCUUGUGGAAGACACUUUUAUGGGAGACUUUGGAUGUUGAUCAGCGAUGUUUUGCAUUGCUUAAACCCUCUAGUUGCAAUCAUCUUCUGCAGGUGCAUAUCGAAACUGCUGUGGCUGAUGUGAUUCGUGACCUGCCUUCGUUUGCAUUUUUGGUUUCGUCGCAGUCAUUCAUGAGCAGAUAUGUCGAAACGGUUGCUACUAGACUAUUUUUGAUGAAAUCGUCAAGUUUCAGUCCAACAAUGACAUUGCGAGAGUUUCGAAAAUUAGAGUUUGUACUACAAAUCAGCCAGCUCGAAAGAUGCGCGACUUGCCUUGAGCCCAGUGUGCCACGAGCGUUUUCAUAUAAAGACUUUUAUGUCAUUUACUGUAAAUUUUGGGAGCUGGAUCUCGAUCAUGACAUGAUUUUACUUCCAACAGAUAUUCAACGAUUCGAAAACUACUCAUUGUCUCCACUCAUGGUAUCAAGAAUUUUUCAGUGGAAUCAAAUACGUGCUCUUCAAAAACCAUCAAAUAGUACAACCAUGGACUUUCGUGAAUUUGUUGUCUUUAUCAUAUGCGUGAUGGGGAAAACUACUGAUUAUGCACUAGUAUAUUGGUUCAGAUGCCUUGAUUUGGAUGGCGAUGGUGUUUUGUCUUUAAUGGAGCUUGAAUCAUUUUGGUUUAAUCAAACUCGGCGGAUACGUGAACAAUAUUCGCUGGUGGAUUUCUUUUCCAUAGUAUCCGAUAUGCUUCUUCUUGGUGAAAGAUCACAUAUUUUACUAUCCGACUUCAAAAAAAACCGUGAUAAUACUGGAAUAUUUUUGGAUCUGUUGUUUGAUUCCCAACAACGCAUCGAGUUUUUACGGCGAACCAGCGAUAUUGCAUUUCGUAGAAGGGAUGAGGUAUGGACAAAUGUAUCCGUUUUUUGUGCCAAUCAUGAUAAACCGAGUGGUACUAUUGAUUCCUGGGAAGUGAGGCGUAUUAAGCUGCAUGGAUGGGACAAGUUUAGCGAAAAAUGCUAUCGUAAAAUGACACAAACUAGAUUAAUCAGCGAUACUUUUACUAAUAUUGGCUGCACCACCGAUUCAUCUGUUAACCUGAAUACAUCUCUUUAUUCGCCUACUGUAAAUCAACAAUACGGGACAUGUCCUAGUAUUGAAAUUGAUCGUGAAGAGGACGGCAGCAACCCAAAUGGAUUUGAUCCUGAAAAUCUGGUACGACCCAUGCACUACGAUGGUGAGAGAUCCGAGUCAGAUGGAGGUAGCAGAGUGUUAUUUAGCGACAUUACAGACAUGAUUGCUACCACAUGCAGUAAUACAGGUGUCUUGGAUGCUUCAAGCGAUGCCACCUCCGCAAUGGCUAUGGAUACAGCUUUGACUGUGAGUAGUAUGCCCAAUAUUACUGCUACACCUCUACAUACAGCUCAGCACACCAUGAUGUAUGUAUAUUCGAACACACCUCGCACAUCGUCGCUGCCUGUCUCGCGACCAUCGCGUGUGAUAUUUACAGACAGCCAGGUCCAGCCUAUACCCAAACCACCACUCAUUGCAACAAGUGCCGAGCCCCAUCCAACCGGUGCUGGGUUGAUUUCUAAUGCCCAAGAUAGCGGUAUUUCUCUUGUAUCGUCUGUAAAUUUUGGCAAAAAAUCCACAACCAGCCUUCAAACCAUUGAUUAA